CCCUAAUUUCGGCUCUCCUCCAGUGGGGAUAUUAUGGCGCGCAUUUCGCCGCUGCCGCAGACAGUCGCGAGCUGCCUGCGAUCCAGCAGCAUUCUCUCCGGCAUCUCGCAAGUAGUCGACGAGCUCGUGUGUAAUGCGAUCGACGCGCAAGCGACACAGAUCAUCGUUUUCCUGGACAUCAGAAGCUGCUAUAUCAAAGUCGAGGACGACGGCUGUGGUAUUAGUCGUGAGGACUUCGUAUUUUUGGGAGAGAGACAUGCUACAUCAAAGCUCCAUCGCCUGGAUGAGCUAGAGACUGGUCUCCAAACGCUUGGCUUUCGUGGAGAAGGCUUGAGCUCUGUUUCCGACAUAGGCCUUGUAGAAGUGACGUCCAGAGCCAAAGUUAGUCCUCAUACAUAUCGCAAGAUUUUCAAGAAUUGUAAGAGUUUGUCACUAGGACUUCCGGGGAACCAAAGAGAUCCUGGUACAACCGUUGUUGUGAAAGACGCUUUCUACAAUCAGCCAGUUCGCAAAAAGAUUCUUCACAGAAACUCCCGAAAAGCCGUGGAGUCAGUAAAGAACCACAUUCUGCGAUUGUGCCUUGUUCACCCGAAAAUCCAGUUUACGUUGGUAGACCUUGAAAGGGAGGAGAAGGUGUUUCAAGCGAAACCAGCAAGAUCACUAUCUAGCAGGAUUUCUGAUAUGUUUGGGGAUGAAACUCGAAACACUCUACAGAAAAUAGAUUUUGCAAAGGGAUCGCUUAGGCUCGCUGGUUAUAUCUCCAAGCAUUUGAAAUCGUUUUCUACAAAGGCGUUGCAGUUUCUCUAUAUAAAUCGGAGGUUCGUCGUUAAAACUCCGUUGCACAAGGUUUUAAACUCCUGGCCGUCAACACAAAUUGGCUGUCCAUCGUUUGUUUUAAACCUUGUCUGUCCACAUGUGGACUAUGACAUUACACUUGAUGCAUCUAAGUCGCUUGUCGUGUUUAAGGAUUGGAGUCCGGUGUUGUCUUUUGUUGAAGAAAUUCUUAAACAACUCUGGGAAGUCGAAUGCCAUAUUGGUACAAGCAGGAAGCCAAAAGCGAAGAGAAAGCGCGGGGCUGGUCUUAUAAGAGGUGCUGAGACGUUUUCUGAAUUACCUGCCUCAGAUUUAGAUGGUACAAAGGCAUCCCGAACAGUGGUGAAUACAUGGAGAAGCUCGUCUGCACCCCCAUUCUACAAGCCACGGAAAAAGUUUGCGACGCAUAAAAGCUUUGACGACAUUUCUGUCACCUACGAGGCUCCCAGAAAAAACAAAAUCUUAAAGCUGGAUACUCUCGACUACCAAGACCGAAAACUUUGCAAGUGGAGACAGAUUCUGCUGCGACCGAGACAAAAUACUUUCACAACUAUCGAAAGGCCUAUUUUGCAAAUCGGUUCCGGAACCUUGUCCAGUGGAGAUUUUCAACCUGAUUCUAUAACUAAGGAGAUGCUGUCAGGCGCGAAAGUGCUUGGUCAAGUUGACAGGAAGUUCAUUGCGGCUAUCACAAAUGGAGUUCUGUUUUUCAUCGACCAGCACGCCGCUGAUGAAAGAGUUCGUUUGGAGGAAUUUCGCGAUGACAUCUUUUCCACGAAAGAAGGCCACGGGACAUCCCUUGGAGAUCAGUCGGAGGAAGUUAUUUUAACUCGGUCAGAACAAGAGGCUCUUGUAUCUUACCGGGAAAAAAUCGAAUACUGGGGUUGGAGAUCAACAUUUGUUUUCUCUCAAGGUCGUUCCUCGGAAAUUUGCAAAGUAGUCUUGGCGGCGGUUCCUUGCAUCAAAGGAGUAAAGCUUACAUCGAAAGACUUAUUGGAAUAUCUUCGCCAGCUGGUUGAUACGCAUGGAUCAUCUAGUGCACCGCCAGCAGUUCUGAGAGUCCUGAACUUCAAGGCAUGCAGGGGUGCUAUAAUGUUUGGAGAUUUCCUGCUACCUAGCGAGUGUGAGCAGUUGGUAAAUGCGCUGAAGAAAACAUCGUUGUGCUUUCAGUGUGCACAUGGUCGCCCAACUAUGGUCCCGAUUGUAAAUCUCGAGACUAUCCGUACUCACCAGUGGCAAUCACCGAAGAAAGACUUUUCCUUUUCCGUCAACAAGGCCUUGUUUUCUACAAGGAAAUUCUGACAAGGAGGUAUCCUACUUUUUCGCAGCUGCUUUUAUAACGUUGUUGUCAAACUUGAAGCCACCGUUGCGUUGAAGCACUCUUUUUGAGCCCUACUU